AUGGCCGCUUUAAUCGGCGACUUGGUACCUGAUGUGUCUCGAUUCCACGACCUGAUUGUCAAUCCAUCCUCACGGCAGAACCAACGCCAACACCAAUCCCCACCUCAGAGCCAGCGCUCCCACUCCCGAUCGCAGGCCCAAGACUCGCCUACCCGCCGCUCCUCGAGCCGCCCACGCGCUUCCGUCUCGACACCCCGAUCCCAGCGACGUGACGACAUUGAAAUCACGGCUGCCGACAGACACAUUUCGCCUGCCGCCGCGACGCGGUCCCCUACGCAUCAGAGAGCACGAAAGCCAGCCGCAGCCGCAGCCGCUGCCGCGACCACAGCCGACAGCGCUGCUCCGGCAGGAGGCGCUUCCUCCACGUUUCCCUCCCCGCCGCCCUCCUCGUCGCCCCCCGUCGCCAGUGGUACCUCGCCGGUCGACGAUGCAAAGGGGGCCUCGAUGGCAUCACAGAUCGGAGAUGUCGUCUCUACAGCACGUCAAUCUCUGCGCCAUGCCCCCAGCCUGAUGACCUCGGUUGGACGGCACCAGCAACCGUCGCCACCACCCAGCCAAAGCUUCCACAUACCCGACUCCUCAUCAUUGGCCUCCUCGCCGUCCAGCCAUGUCGAGCCGAGCUCAACCCAGCAGACGUCCCAGGAGGGCCAGCAGACGGUUGUCCACCUCCGGGACUUGGCGCACAUGCAAAGCCUCGCAGACGCCCAGAUGCUUGGGGGGAGCAGCUCCGCGUCCUUGGAUCCCAGUACCCAGAUCAAGUAUGAAAUCAGCGGAAUGCCCAUUGCCGACAUUAUCGAAAUGGUGGCUGCCCUGCUCACCAAGAUCACAACUACCAACGACUUGCAGCACGACGCCAUGCAGCGAAAUGUUGCUCAUCAGCAGCAAGCCAAUCAGUCAAACGAUUCAUCGUCUCACAUGAGCCCCCUGAGCCACUCUGUUUUGGCAUUCCACGGCAAGAACGUGCCCGCGAUUACUAUUUUGAGCUACCUCACACGCAUACAUAAGUACUGCCCCACAACCUAUGAGGUGUUCCUCAGCCUGCUAGUUUACUUCGACCGCAUGACGGAGCGAGUAAACGAAAUCGUCAUGCGGAGCGAGCAGUCCAGAAGCCGGGCCGCGUCACAUUCGCACAGGCCUGUGUCGUCGGGAGUAACCGCGGAAGACGCUACCAUGCACGACAGUGCCCGCGAUUUGGAUGAAAGCGAUUCGGACCAGGCCGACGACGACGACGACAACGAUGACGAAAUGGUAGACCGUCCCGCAGCAGCGCGUGGGCGCGACGAAUCUGGACACAGCUCGACAGAAUCCGAAGACCGACUCGUAGCCAACCCGGCAACAUAUCUCGUAGUGGACAGCUUUAACAUUCACAGAUUGAUCAUUUCCGGGGUGACGUGUGCCAGCAAGUUCUUUUCGGACGUCUUCUACACCAACUCUCGAUAUGCCAAGGUCGGAGGUCUGCCGCUUGCCGAGCUGAACCACCUGGAGAUCCAGUUCCUCGUCCUCAACGACUUCCGGCUUGCCGUUCCUGUGGAAGACCUGGAAGCCUACGCAACCAUGCUUGUCGAGUUCUACGCACGCGAAGUCAUGGCGCACAAGUCGGCGCCUCGAGCGUAG